GCACAGAAUAUAAUCUCUCUCUCUCUCUCUCUCUCUCUCUCUCUCUCUCUCAACAUUUGCUUUACGUUGUUGCUUGUACGCUUCUUCACUUUGGUAGAAGAAAAUAGUAAAUACUACUUCCUUUUGCAUGUUUUCUAUUUUACAGAUCAUCACUCUUACACACUUUCAUAAAGAUAUUAUAUUGCGUUGUUUCUCCACUUUCUUCCCCCGUUUCUUUUCCGUUUUCUCUACGUGGCAAGAUUUUCUAUAAACUAAUCUGUAAUAAUUUGAAAUCUUGGCAUUUGUUGAUACUUUAAACUAUAUAUCAGGCCGAAAAAGAAAAAAAAAGCGUGAAAGGACGCAGAAAAAAACAUGGCCGGAGGAGGAGGAGCGGCGGCACCACCACCAAAACAAGACGAAUUGCACCCACAUCCGGUCAAAGAUCAACUCCCCGGAGUUUCUUAUUGCAUUACUAGCCCACCUCCCUGGCCUGAGGCAAUACUGCUUGCUUUCCAACACUACCUUGUGAUGCUUGGUACAACUGUUCUCAUACCCUCCUUUUUAGCUCCCCAAAUGGGAGGUGGAAAUGAAGAGAAAGCUCUAAUGAUUCAGACACUACAGUUUGUUGCCGGUCUGAACACAUUAACUCAGACACUAUUCGGAACUCGGUUACCUUCUGUUAUCGGAGGCUCUUACACAUUUGUGCCAGCUACUUUGUCGAUUGUCUUGGCCGGUCGAUAUAGCUCAAUUUUGGACCCUCACGAGAAAUUCGUUAGGAUUAUGAGAGGAAUUCAGGGUGCUAUGAUCGUGGCUUCCGUUCUUCAGGUCGUUCUUGGAUUCAGCGGCUUUUGGCGAAACGUGACCAGGUUCAUGAGCCCUCUUUCGGCAGUUCCAUUGGUAGCGCUCACCGGAUUUGGACUAUACGAAUUAGGCUUUCCUCUGGUAACGAAAUGUGUGGAAAUCGGACUACCUCAACUUAUCUUACUAGUGAUAUUUUCACAGUACUUGCCACAUGUGAUGAAAGGGGGUAGAAACGUCUUUGAUCGAUUUGCUGUGUUAUUUUCGGUUGCCGUUGUUUGGAUAUACGCACAUUUACUCACCGUUGGAGGAGCGUACAAGCAUGCUCCCGAUGCAACUCAAUCGAGCUGCAGAACUGACAAAGCUGGAAUCAUAAGUGCUGCUCCUUGGAUCAGAGUACCGUACCCGUUUCAAUGGGGUGCUCCUACUUUCAACGCCGGAGAAUCUUUCGCCAUGAUGGCAACUUCUUUCGUGGCUCUCGUUGAGUCGACCGGAGCUUUUAUUGCUGUGUCGAGGUAUGCAAGUGCAACUCCUAUCCCACAUUCUGUUCUUAGCCGUGGUGUCGGAUGGCAGGGUAUGGGGAUACUAUUGUCCGGAAUUUUCGGAACCGGAACAGGAUCAUCGGUAUCUAUUGAAAAUGCCGGUUUGCUUGGGCUAACACGAGUCGGAAGCCGUAGAGUGAUACAAAUAUCUGCAGCUUUUAUGAUAUUUUUCUCAAUACUUGGAAAAUUCGGAGCUGUCUUCGCUUCGAUCCCUUCACCAAUAGUAGCUGCAUUGUAUUGCCUUCUAUUUGCCUAUGUUGGCGUUGGAGGGCUCGGUUUCCUGCAAUUCUGUAACUUAAACAGCUUCAGGACAACAUUCAUCAUCGCAUUCUCGAUCUUCAUGGGAUUAUCCGUACCUCAAUACUUCAACGAGUACCUAUCCGUGAAUAAAUUCAGCCCCGUUCACACCAACGCUCGAUGGUUUAAUGAUAUGAUAAACGUGCCAUUGUCGUCGAAACCGUUUGUUGCGGGAAUUUUAGCGUUGAUUUUGGAUGUGACGUUGCCGCCAAAAGACGGUGGUACGAGGAAAGAUCGAGGGAUGCAAUGGUGGGAUAAAUUUAGGUCUUAUAAAACAGAUACUAGGAGUGAAGAGUUGUAUUCUCUGCCUCUUAAUCUCAAUAAGUUCUUCCCUUCUGUUUAGUUUGAGAUUCAAGUGUGUGUGUGUGUUUUAAUUUUAUUUUGGAUAAAUAAAAGAAAAAUUAAAUUGGCUACUCUUUUUUAUUUAUUUUUAUUUUAGAGAUGAAACAAAGUGUUGUUCAAUGAAUUUGAAAUGAGGUGUGGUUUGGUCUGCCA